GACGGGACGGUGCAGUCCGUCGUUGAAUAUAUUUACCGAACCAUCUCUCUCCUCCCCGCCUCGCUCGCUCGCUCGCUCCGCUUCUUACCUAGCCUGCUCUCUCGGGUAAGCUGGGACUAGUGGCAGCAGUAGUGGGAGCAGGAGCUGCUUGCCUUGGCUUGGCUUGCUGCCUUUCACUUUCACGUCCACCUAUGCGGGCGUGAGGCGUGGAAUCCAAACAAUGGCGCUGGGAUCCGCGGAUCUAUAGGCGAGGCGAGGCGCGGGAUGGGAUCUGGGAGCAGCAAGGCCGCUUCCGCGCCGCCGUCAGCCGGCGGCGACGCUGAAAAGACGCGGAAUGGGAAGCCGAGGGGGAGGAGCCUGAUGCGCCUGCCCAGCUACUCCUGCUUCCGGGGCUUCGCGCCCGAGUGUGACGCUUCCUCUUCGCUGCCGGCGCCGGCGCCGCCGCUAGGGGUCGAGUCUGGCAAGGGAGGGGAGGUGCCUUCACUCACUCACAUUGGCGUAUCAGAUGAAGAUGCUCCAUCGGCUCCUAAACCGAAUCCAAGUGAAGGCAGAAUGGCGCCUUCAUCAGAUACUGACAGAGAUCAAGAUGAUGAUGUGUUGCAGAAUGUCACUGCUACCAGCACCGCAGUCGACGACAGCCAAUCGCCAAAUCCUUCUGACAGGUCGAGGCCAUGCUUUGGUGUCAACUUUGGGUUGAGUAGAGCUGUCAGCUUGGGAUCAUCAGUGGCAUGCUCCAUAAUGUCAACCGGCCUCUCCACUUCAGCUAAUCCUGUUGGAAAUGUGGACCAUUCUCUUGAUGCAAACAUCCCUCAACAAGGUGGUGCAUCGACUCCUGGGAUUUAUUCAAGUCUGGACAUGCUAAGAGAUAGCGUCACAACACAAGCUAGAGCGACUCAUCAGGCUAGGAGGAAUUUGCUGGAAUCUGAAGAUGCUAACUUGAGGCAUUCACACAGAAGGAUGGGACCCCAGGAACCUUCUGAAGGAAGUGUCCGGUUUAGCCGAACACUAAGUGUUGGAAGACUUCGUGACAGGGUCCUCAGGAGGACUCCAUUCUCUGAUAGUUUAUUCACCUCUUCACUUUAUGAUAGACCAGUGUGGCCUGCAGGAAAUGCCAGUGCUAGGCAAGAUUCAUCAGUGAUGCAACGGACUAAUUCAGACAGAAGUUCCGAACCGCAAUCAGAACCUUCAACUAGCAUGUAUAAUUCUGGCUCUGCAACUCUAAGAGAGGCCAGCAAUCGGGAUCUUCUUGAGCGCAGAUCAGCUUUUCUUGAAAGGAGGAGGAGGAUACGAUCCCAGGUCCGAGCCCUCCAAAGGUUGGGCAGCAGGUUCGAAAACUUAUCAGGUCAUGAGAGAUCAUGCAUUCUAUCUGGUCAGCAUAGAACAGGAAAUUGCAACUGCAGGGCAAGCAGUCGACCAGGUAAUCCUGAUGAAGAAUCCGGCACAAGGGCUAGCAUAUCAAGAAUUGUUAUGCUAGCAGAAGCACUCUUUGAGGUCCUGGAUGAAAUCCACCAACAGUCUGCUGCUUUAUCCUCAAGGCCAUCAUUUCCUUCAAUUGGAUCCGUUCCUGCUCCAAAGGAGAUCGUCGAGAGUCUUCCUGUCAAGGUGUACAAAAAGCCGUUGAAACACCAAACUGAUGAGACUGCUCAAUGCUAUAUUUGCCUUGUUGAAUAUGAAGAGGGAGACUGUAUUCGCAUACUUCCAUGCAAUCAUGAGUUUCAUCUAACAUGUGUAGAUAAGUGGCUGAAAGAGAUUCACAGGGUUUGCCCACUUUGUCGUGGUGAUGUUUGCCGAUCUGAUUCGUCGAGCGUAGGGAAAUUCAGCUGAUUCUUUUAUCUCUUAAGGAUCCAGCUUCUUGCGAGAAAAAUGGAGCUUCCGAAAUUGUUCUUUGACCCAGGCGGAUAGAGCCUGCACAAUGUUGCGGGUGUAAUUCCAUCUUCAUUAGUCUGGUCCGAACAACUCAGGAUGCUCCUGUAUGUUAUGGCAGAUUUACAUGGCAGUCAUCCCAUUAUAAACGAUGAACUGACAUGUGAAUUUGAGAUUGUUGUACGGUGGUGUGAAGCUUUGUUGAUGUUGAUAUAUUGGUUAUAUAUAUGGCCUGCGUUUUGGUGA